CGGCUCCCCCGGCUUUCGGGAGCCCGGGGGCGGCCUGUGGCGCGCGGAGCCCGCGCUGGACUGCGCUUCUUUGGACCUUGAGGGGAAACAUGCGUUCGGUUUGGAUCGUUUGAAAUUCUUAGUUUGGGAUCCCCGCCCGCUUGCCUCUUCCGCUCCGCGGGGUUGCUUUUCUUUUUUCUUUUUUCCCCCACCCGGGUUCUUUUCUUUUUUUUUUUUUGACUCCCCGUUUUAUGCUCGCCCAGCCCUCCCCCCGCUGCUGAGAAGUGGGGGAGGGUCUCGGCCUCCAAGCUCCCGCCCCACCGGGGCUCGGGCGAGCAUGGGGGGCAAGCAGAGCACGGCGGCCCGCUCCCGGGGCCCUUUCCCGGGGGUCUCCACUGAUGACAGCGCCGUGCCGCCGCCGGGAGGGGCGCCCCACUUUGGGCACUACCGGGCGGGCGGUGGGGCCAUGGGGCUGCGCAGCCGCUCGGUCAGCUCGGUGGCGGGCAUGGGCAUGGACCCCAGCACGGCCGGAGGGGUGCCCUUUGGCCUCUACACGUCAGCCUCCCGAGGGACCGGCGACUCGGAGCGGGCGCCGGGCGGCGGAGGGUCCACGUCCGACUCCACCUAUGCCCAUGGCAAUGGUUACCAGGAGACGGGCGGCGGUCACCAUAGAGACGGGAUGCUGUACCUGGGCUCCCGCGCCUCGCUGGCGGAUGCUCUACCUCUGCACAUCGCACCCAGGUGGUUCAGCUCGCACAGUGGUUUCAAGUGCCCCAUUUGCUCCAAGUCUGUGGCUUCUGAUGAGAUGGAAAUGCACUUUAUAAUGUGUCUGAGCAAACCGCGCCUCUCCUACAACGAUGAUGUGCUGACUAAAGAUGCGGGUGAGUGUGUGAUCUGCCUGGAGGAGCUGCUUCAGGGGGACACGAUAGCCAGGCUGCCCUGCCUGUGCAUUUAUCACAAAAGUUGCAUAGACUCGUGGUUUGAAGUGAACAGAUCUUGUCCAGAACACCCCGCGGACUGACCCUGCUGGGCUCGCUUGCUGACUUCUCUCAAAGAUUGCUGUCUGCUGCCAGCUAGAACCCACUCAGUGACAGAAACAGCCGAGACAGGUUCUCGCCGCAAGUUCUGAUGGCCGGGAGCAGACACCACGGUCUCCUCGUGCCCGGCGCCCAUCGGCCCUCUUCGUCACCAACCGCCUGGCCUUGGUUUUUCUCCCACUUUCCUGACUUGGUUUUGCACUUUCCUCCCCUUGGGACCCUGAUAUCUUGACUUCAUUGCCAAAAACAACCACCCAUCAAGGACCUUCUCCCCUGCCAUUCUCGUGUCUUCUCCCUUCUUUCCUCCUGGUUCUGGUCAGUUCAGAGGACGUAACAAUCACAAGUGUCCUGCAAAAAUGCCUGAACAUUUUUCUUAGACCCUUGUGGAUUUUUGUUUUCCAGAAAACUUAAACAAAAAAACGUACUAAAGGAACAUGUACAGCUACCCGUUUUCAGGCGCUCUGUUUGAGAACAUUUUAGCCAUUGAUGUUCACAUGUGGCAUCAGCCCCAUGCAAGAUAGGUUUCUGUAUUUAUAUAUUAAAACACACACACACAUACAACCUUAUAAAACUGUUUAAAAAUGUUCAAAGCUUGGGGAAAAAGCUUUCUUCAUUAGUCAAGGUGUUUUGAUAUGGUAUUAAAAUAAUGUCUAAUAAAAGCUGCACCGUGUGACUUUAUUUUAAUGAAGUACUGUUACACAAUCAAGCCAUGGGGUGGAAGGCCCAUCCCCACCCCCUCACCUACCUCCUUCACCUUCCUUCAGGCUCCUGCUCUGGGCUACAGGUGUGUGAAGGGUUCUCAUCUCUGGCUAGGGGGAAGGAGGCAGGUCAGACCCAAGACCUACAGGUUUACUGAUCCUCUCAAGCAUGGACACCAUCUGCUAUCACCAGUGGAGUGUUUGUGAUGAAAUUCUUCUGGAAAGAUCUGCAGGGGCGAAGAGUGCAGCCAUUGGAGGCUGCAAGGAUGUGGGUUCUUCUAGGUAUUCACCCCAAGGGCCCCCCCCCCUUUCAACUUCAGCUCCCCGUCCCACGGCCUGCCCUGCCUGUUGCUCAGCUCACAUCUCAGUGCUGACUCAUGGCAUGCUCCCUGGAGGCCCUGGUUUGGGGCUGCGCCAGCUCAGAGCCCUUGAACUAGAACCUGCCACUCAGGACUCACAGGAGUUGGCAGACCUCGGCUGGCGAGAAAGCUCAGGGCAGGGGCCAGUGGUGCGUGCCCAGCCUCUGUCCCUGUGCCAGACAGGCUCCGAGUGGCAUUCCAGAGCCUUCUGCAGAGCCUGUGAAGGAAAGCUCUAGAGGGAGAAGACCACAUCUGCUUGGCCCUAUCCCCUCAGACCUGCUCAGUGCUGUUGCUUCAGUGGGCUCUGACCCCUCCAGGCUCUGGCUUGAUCGUCCUCCAUCACAUGCUGCCUGAAGCACCUGCGCUCCAAGGGUGUUGCAGACUGGUGAGCAGAGGUGAGCUGGGCAUGUUCAGAGAGAUUUUGAAGGAGAGUUUGUGGGGCCUGUCCCACCACCUGGGGUGCAGACCCCAGGGAUGACAGUCUGUGCACCAAGAACAUGGGCUCCAAACUGCCUCCAGGCGGGCUCCUCUACUUGGACACGUUCUUGGGGAAACGACUUCAUCUCAACUUCAGACUCCUCACUUGUGAAGUGGGGACAAAGUCACGCAGCAGCUCAGAGGUCACCAUGAGAAACAGAUCUGCCCAGAAGCCCCUGGCACACACGUAGCAGGCUCCCUCGAUGCUUUGUCACCGCAAAAAGCACUGUUCUAUUCGCAGUACCUCCCGCUUCUGCCUGGCAACUGUGUCUCCCUGUUCUAUAUUUAAGUCCUCCAGCAAAGCUAGCCCUGAAGCUCUCCUUGCCUGACCCCUGGGCUGUAGACAGAGGCCUGUGUGCCCACCUCGGUGGCCUAGACCCAGCAGCCUUGAGUGAACCGAGUGGUCAUGAUCUGGGCGGGGCCGGGCAGGAGCCCACGCUGGGUGCUAUUCCAAGCUCCUGGGGCUGGUGCUUAUCCCAACCCGCGUGACUUCCACUCCACCUGGCACGCUGCAGCCCCCUGCUGGUUGCCGCAGCCUCUGGAUUCACACUCAAAUUGCCAGCUCUUGGGAAGGGGUGGGAUAUGGGUUUGUCCAGGACUCCCAGGUGGAACUGGAAUGCCAUCCUCCACCCACGCGCCCCUCUGAGCUUGCUUUUCCUGGGAGCGGGGAGAGUCCGUAUGAGUGAGGAGAUGGGUUCCACCCGCCCCUCUGCAAAGGCCAGCACCCACCGCUGUCCUUCCUGGAUAAAAGCACCUCAUGAAGACCAUUUACCUAAUAGCCACUUAAUGGUGUUGAGUCUUUAGGAGAAUGUCCUUAUCCUUAGGAGGUAGAUACUGAACUACAUAGUGAAUGACAUCAAGAAAUGCGGAACUUAAUUCCAAAUGGUGCCCCCAAAAGUACACACACAAAACAUGUAAAGCAAAACUAUUCAUUGUUAAAUCUUCAGUAGCUGGUAUUUCAGUGAACAGUGAGUGUACUUGUUCUUUCAAUUCUGUAUGUUUGGAAUUUUUCCUAAUAAAAAAUUGUGGGGAAACGGCUAUUUGCUGAGCGCCUACUAGUUGCCAGGCAUUGGAGGGGGGAUGGAGGAGAACCCUGCCUAGGAGGGGAGGACCUGUGCCCCAGGGCUUGGGAAGGGGGAAGGCGGCUUGUGGAAGGGCAGGCCCUGGUGAGCUCAGUCCAUGGAGUGGAAUGCUGGGGACCACCAGAUGGGUCACGGCUGGGGGAGUUGGGGAGGGAGCUUGUGAGAACUACCCCAUGCCACCCUGUGCCACAGCUGCACUUGUGGGGUGGGGAGAAAUGUGUUCCCCAGAGACGUGUCCUCAAGGCACAGCAGUUCCACAGAGGAGUAUGACAGGAAAUUAACAGGGCUCUCUUCCCAGGGCCUGUCUGCCCAGCUGGUGGGACGACAUGUGGAGGGGCUAACAGG